UGAUUUUCUACGUCAUAUUUGUGCGCUGCUUUUUAAGAAACUCACGUUUGGAAAAGUGGCUAGAAUGUCGGAGAAAAAGCAACCGGUAGAUUUGGGUCUUUUAGAGGAAGAUGAUGAGUUUGAAGAGUUUCCAGCAGAAGAUUGGGCUGGUUUGGAUGAAGAUGAAGAUGCUCACGUCUGGGAAGACAACUGGGAUGAUGACAAUGUAGAAGAUGACUUUUCUAACCAGUUAAGAGCUGAAUUGGAAAAGCAUGGGUACAAAAUGGAGACCUCCUAGCCUAUAGGGGAACCCAUUAAUGCUGAUUGCUGAAAUACACUGAUCUGAAGAAGUGAAGAUUGGCGAGAGAUUGUGUAUAGUGCUGUCAUGUAGCAUAACACUCAUUUUCCUAGAAAAGAAGAAAAAUGAAAUAUACCUUGGUAUAUUUAAAGCACUAUCAUUUCUAACUUUUUGACUUCCCAGACUAUAUAUAUUUUUUCUCCACAUCUUUCAAUGGGUUUACUUUGUAGAUUAAAAGCGUAUAAUAAUUUUUUUAUGACAAACUGUUAUCUUUUUCCUUUACCUCCUACAAAGAAUACUGGACAAGCUGUCGUAAGAAUAACUAAGACCCUUUAUCAGUUGUAUUUUCAAGGUAUUUGUUACUUUAAAGUUUCUGUAAUCCACUGGUUUGAGUCAUAACAUUGCUGCUAGUUUUCUUAUCUCAACAUUUUAUUCUGUGACUCUGGAUUUAAUAAAGAUCACGGUGAAGUUA